AUGGUUGUCAUAGGAAUGCAAAAUAACGUUCUCGUAACCUCCCAUAUCACGCUCGUUCGUGUUCAGACAAUCAAUACAAAUUCCGUUGAUUCAUUCGCCUGGUCAGUGAAAAUUGUUCUAGACAACUCGUCCUACUGCCGUUUAAAUAUUGACAAAUCACAUCCAGUUCGCCAUUCAUCUGACACUCCGUUGAGUUGGCGUGUGGUUCCUCAAAAUUGCCCAUUUGAAAUACUCGAUGAAAUUUCCAUCGAAACCGUUGACUGGGUAUACUAUGCUGAUCCAAAGAAAGUCAGUUUUGCCAAACUUUCUCCCGAUCAAGCACGGCGUAGGAUGCAGUCACGUGUGACAACCAUAUACACUGCGAUAAAAUUACUGAAGCGCGUAUUUCGCUUACCAGUAUUCCACUCCCAGUGGAUGGAAUUGGAGAAUUUCGGUAGCAGCAGACGAACCAUAUCAUAA